CGUCAAAGGCUGUGUCAGUGAAUUGUGUCUAGUGUUCGUUGUUUAUCUUUUUUCUGCCACAAUUUCCCUGAAAAAUCACGCAAAAUUCCCAAAAGAAAAGCAACUGAUCAUCCCUACUGACCAUGUUUAGUGUCAGGAAGUUCUUUUCACCAACAAUCGCCGGUGCAAUCCGUCAAAUUGCAAAGAACACCCAAAAUGUGAGGUUAAGUUCGACAUACCGGGCAGCGAUUCUCACGGAAUUCAAUAAAAUUCCCAAGAUUGAGAGGAUAAAAGUGCAGCAGAACCUCUUCCCAGGACAGGUCAAAGUUGGCGUGCAUUUUUGCAGUCUCAACUACACUGACGUCCGGAUCAUGGAAGGAAGCCAAGAUGUGGAGCUUCCUCUGGUGCCGGGAUGUGAAUUUUCGGGGGAAGUUGUAGCUGUAGAUCCGGACAAUCGUUUAGAUUUCCGCGUGGGGGACAGGGUAGUGGCCCUAAGGGGGCAUUUAACGAGUGGGGGAGGGCUUGCAAGUGAAGUGAUUUUGAGUGAAUUUGAUUGUUUCCAAUUGAGUGAUAUUUCCCUGAAGGAUGCAGCUAUUCUUCCUUACGGACAUGGAACAGCCAUGUUGGCCUUCUCCAAGUACUGCCCACUCAAUGAAAACGACACUGUGAUUGUGAUUGCGGGCCCAGGGGGCCUGGGAUUGGGGGCCAUUGAGGUGGCGUCAAGUGUCUAUCGUGCCAAAGUCAUUGCUAUCUGUGACACUGAAGACAGUAGCAUUCUCAUCCGCGAUGAAGGGGCUUUCCAAACCAUCUGCAUGUCCGAGGGGUACCCCAAAGUGUACAGAUUCCUCAAAAAUGCCCUCGGCGAGAACCGUGUGAGGUGCAUUUAUGACGCAGUUGGAGGGGAAGCCCUCCAUCUAUUGCAAGAUUUUCUUGAUACCGAAAAUGGAUCGAUCUUGACAGUUUAUCCACUUUUUGACCGGGAAGCAUUUAAAAAUUCUUCCCCGGAUUUCAAAGUGAAAGACAAAGAUCGUGUCGAUCGGACUGAACUCGCCAAAUUGCCUCCGAUACACGAAAGAGUCCAACAUAUUGAUCUGUACAACUAUCAGUAUCAAGAUCGAAACUUUUUCCGGGAAAUAAUUGAGGAAACACUCUCUCUCUAUGGAGAGGACCUCAUUAGUGCUCACGUGAGCAAGGUCUUCAGUCUGGAAGACCUCGAAGAUGCUGUGGAGUUCAUUAAGAAGAAAAAAUGCACGGGAAAGGUUCUCAUUGAGGUCAAAGAAGACGAUACUGAUGAAUCUGACAACGAAGACAAACGAAAGAAGGAUUAGAGGGACCUUUUUCAUUGGAAUGUUUUCAGUUAAAUCGUGGUAAAUGGAUGCAGAAUGAAGAGGAUUAAGUGAAAUUGUAGAUGCAAAAGAGCAGAUUUUUUAGUAUGACAGAGAUGACAA